GCGGUUGCCGGCGCUAUGGCGGAGUCCCAGGUGCUCCUGCUGGAUGAGCUGCACGUCAACGAGAAGGUGACGGAGGCCCAGGCCCGCUUCUACUACAGCGAGGAACAGCGCCGAGCCCUGGAGGCGCUGGUGACCCGGGGCGAGGCGGCCUAUCGGGAGGCGCUGAGGAAGGAGCAGCUCCGCGACUUUCUCUCCAGCCGGGAGCUGCAGGCCCUGCGGGGCAGCUGGCGGGGGUAUGACGACCCCCGGGAGGGCGGCAAGGUGGCCCGGGGGCCCGGCGGCGAGACCCUCUCGCUGGCCUACUGGCCGGAGUGCUCGGACACAGAGGUGCCCCCGUUGGACUUGGGCUGGACUGACAAAACCUUCUACCGGGGCAUCAGCAGGGUGGCCCUCUUCACGCACCCCCGCAAGGAGGAGAGCGCGCCGCACCUGAAGGAGGUGGUGCGGGAGAUGAUCCAGCAGGCGCAGAAGAUUAUUGCAGUGGUCAUGGAUGUAUUUACAGACAGGGACAUCUUCCGUGACAUUGUUGAUGCAGCAUAUAAGCACUGGAUCCCUGUCUAUAUAAUCCUAGAUGAGGAAGGUGUGAAGCUCUUCCUGGAAAUGUGCAGAUGCCUUGACCUCAGUGACUUGCAGAUACGGAAUAUCCGCAUACGUUCUGUGACAGGAGUUGGGUUCUACAUGCCAGCAGGGAAGAUCAAAGGCACACUGGCAUCCCGAUUCCUGAUGGUGGAUGGUGAAAAGGUGGCCACUGGAUCAUACAGCUUCACGUGGAGUUCAUCCCACAUUGACAGAAACAUCCUGCUAGUCUUGACAGGACAGCACGUGGAGAUGUUUGACAUUGAGUUUCGUGAGCUCUAUGCCAUCUCAGAGGAAGUUAAUUUAUACAAGGAACUGGGUAUUGCUAACCCAUUCCUUCUCGGAAUUGGGAAGCCAGGCCUUCAUUCCUCCACCGUGGCUCGGAAGUUCAUUAACCCCAAGUAUGGUUUAGUGGCAGGGGCAGCCCGUGGUGAUAUGAUGCUGUGGGCUUCACGGCACCGGCAGGAUAAUCAGGGGAGCAUGGAAAAGGAGGAAACAAAUGAGUCAAAGAAGCGGUUAAAUCAGUUUCUGAAUGACUUAGUCACAUUGGAGCAAGAGUUCCCAGAAAUUGAUCCACCACUAGAGAACUUGAACAAGCUGAAUCGGAGCCCUCAGAAACUAUUGUCCCGGCUCCACAUGGACCUGAAAAGUAAGUCCAAAUCCAGAGAGUCUAUUCGUGAUGUGAAGAAAGAAGAUGCACAGGCCAAUUCAAAGCAAGGAAAACGGUUUGCCAGCGGGCUUUUCGGUCGCAAGGCCAAACGGUCUCCAGGCUCAAGCAUUGAGGCAAAUUCUUUUGCCAGUGAAGGACACUCAGGAGAAGACCUUGGGAACAUGAAACUGGAAUAUGAGCAGCUCAGCAUUGGCCGUGCCAGUGUUCGGAGCACUGGAGGCAUCUCAGGUAACCUGGGUCCAAACUCCACUACAAGCGAUAAAAACAAACAGUCUACCUGUGUGUUAUCUUGA